UAUACAGUGUCUACACAACAGUCUAUUAGACAACACAUCACUAAAAUAAACACUCAAAUCAAUGAUUCAAUCAUUCAGUCAUUCAGUCCUCUCUCUCACCACUAAUUGAAUAUGAAAUUCAAACAAAUCCAGAGGAAUGGACUCUUCAGUUGGUCUCCAAACAGACACGAGACCAGUGUUGCCAUCGGAACCACAUCUCAACAAUUUGACGCCAACUUCAGCAAUGAUAGCAAACUAGAAAUCUUUGAUCUGAAUGUCGAGGAAUGCAAUGAAGACGUCCGACUCAAGGCAUCCAAAGUAGUGAACAAUGCAUUCAAUUGUAUUCAAUGGCAUCCAAACGCUGUGAUCGGCGGCACUCAAGUCAAGACUUUGCAGUUCUUUGACGUGACCGCCGAUGACAUCGAACUAAGACAUGAAACGGAAGCGCAAACAUCGGGUCUGAGUUGUAUCGCAUUGAAUACAAAGGAAUUGCAGUUAUUAGCGAUCGGUUGCGCCGACGGUUCGGUUGGCGUUUGGGAUAUCGACGGCAAAGGAAAGUCUGAAAGGAGUCUAAACCUAACCAUAAGUGGAAUAAACGACUCGAUAAAUGCGGUCAAAUGGAACCGUCAGGUGAGCUCCAUAUUGGCGGCCGCGUCCAACUCGAAUGUUCACGUGUGGGACACUCGCAAACCCGUCAAUAGCGGACCAAUAGUGCGCGUCCAGGACAACAACGCGGCCUCUCUUUGGGGAAGCGGUCAGCAGUCGCUUAUGAUUUCUCGAUCGCUGGUGUGGUCGGAGUCCAACGCAACCACUCUUAUUAUUGCCAACUCUAACGACUCUAACCCUAUCCUCCAAUUAUGGGACUUGAGAUACGCCACGUGUCCUCUCAAUUACUUUAAAGGCGGUCACUCCAGAGGAAUACAAAGCAUUUCUUGGAAUAAAUAUGACGAACAGUUGCUAUUGUCUGCCGGAAAAGACAAUGCGGUCUGUCUUUGGGAUCCUUCGGCGGCUGUAAAUGAAGAGUCACUUCAGGCUAUAAUUCCCUAUAUUACCAAUCAAUGGAUUAAUGAAAUUGAAUGGUGUGAAUGGGAACCGUCUCUGUUUGCGGUCAACUCCUUCGACGGCAACACAACAAUCUAUAACAUAACGCAAACUAAUUCUCUCAAUCAGACAAACACUAAGAUCUUAGAAUCGUUUGAUUUGAGUUCACAAAAUGUAAGACCGGAUCAAAUGCAGACAUCGGCUCAGAGACAGCCUAUUCUGACGAGAGCUCCAAAAUGGUUGCGAAUACCAUGUCGUCCAUCAUUU